AUGAGAGAUAUAUUAUUUAUAGCCGAAAUAGAGCCUCAAUACUGGAACCGAUUGGCAAAGAGUUCACUAAAGCGAUCGCUAAACCAGAAGCCAGUUGUAAGACAGGCCAAGAAUGUGAUCCUAUUCCUGGGCGACGGUAUGGGUAUUACAACCAUAACUCCGGCCCGUAUUCUAAAGGGACAGCUCAACAACAGGUCCGGAGAAGAAACAAAACUCGCUUUCGAAGAAUUUCCAUACGUUUCCCUCAUUAAAACAUAUAAUGUGAACCAACAGGUGACCGAUUCUGCCGCCUCUGCCAACGCCUUCCUCUGCGGCGUGAAGACCAACGACGGAACCAUUGGUGUGAACGCAAGAGUUGCCCGAUAUUCAAACGAUUGCGAGUCUAUUAGUCGGAACAGUAUCUCAUCGAUACUCAAAUGGGCCAUCGAUUCCGGAAAAAGUGCUGGUAUUGUGACGACAGCUCAGAUCACGGACGCGACCCCUGCGGCCAGUUAUGCGCACAUCUCGAACAGGGACUGGGAGUUUGCAGUUCCCGCGAAUAUGACCGGCAAUUGCAAAGACAUCGCCCGACAACUCAUAGAAGACGAACCCGGAUCUAAACUGAAGGUAGUGUUGGGCGGCGCCAGACGUUUCUUCAUACCCGAGACGGCGACCGCAAGGGAUGGCAAGAAUGGGGUCCGAAAAGACGGCCGCAAUCUGAUUGACGAGUGGCACAGAAAGCGCAACGAAAGUGGACUCAAACCAAACGCCUAUCGUUUCGUCGAAACCAAGUCUCAACUCAAAGACGUUAAGCACAACGAAGUCGACUAUUUGUUUGGUUUAUUCAAUUACGACCACUUGUCGUACGACAGGGAAAGGGAUCACUCGGACUCAGGCGAGCCAUCGCUCGAGUUGAUGACCGAAACGGCAGUUAAGCUGUUGAGUCGCGAUCCCAACGGAUUUGUGCUGUUGGUUGAGGGCGGGAACAUAGAUAAAGCACAUCACGAUAAUUACGCCCAAUUGGCUCUUUACGAUGCCGUCGCCUUCGAUAAGGCCAUCACUAAAGCCACUAAAAUGGUGUCGAGCGCCGACACCUUAAUGGUGGUCACUGCCGACCACUCGCACACCAUAUCGUUCAACGGUUACACCGAACGGGGAAACUCUAUAUUGGGUCUGUCGGGUAAAGACUCCAAUAACAAGCCCUACACAACACUAAUGUACGGCAAUGGACCCGGAUUUCAAGAGGUCAGGGAUGACCUCUCAAACGUCGACAUCUCCAAUCCCCGGUACCAGUCGUUAGCUUCCGUGCAUUUGGACAGCAACUGUCACGGCGGCGAAGACGUGGCCGCGUAUAGCGUGGGCCCAAUGGCUCACUUGCUGUCGGGCACUCAGGAGCAGUCAUACAUCGCUCACGUGAUGGCAUUCGCCGCCUGUAUCGGCGACUACACCACUGAAUCCCAUUGCGGACAACAGUCUCGCCGUACAUCUGCUUCUCAUCACAAUCUAAUCGACCAAAAGUUAUACACAUUUUGUUUAUUCAUUCUUAUACUCAAAUACUGUUCACAUUUUUAUAGACAAUCUUAA